AUGAAUAUUGUAGCUGUGCUUAAUGGCUCCACGGUGACACAAUUUGUCGAUAAUAAAGAUGCUUUUGACAAUUGUGUGGACGAAUAUUUCCAAGUGUUAGAUGUUGGUCACAAUGGCAAGCUUUCGCGCAAUGUGUUUCGUCAAAGCCAGUUUGGAGCUCUAAUGAGGGAGAUUAUGCUGGCCAUGGCUCGUGGCAUUGGUAAUUCUCUUGUUCUAAUGGCUCUUGAACAAGAUAGUCUGCUUAGAAAGGCUGUUGAACAUGAAUCUGCCUCCAAAAAGUGA